GCUUCAGUCGUGUAUUAUAAUAACCAAUAACUUUUAGAAUACCUAAUUAUGAAAUUUAAGAAGAGACAUUAAUCCAGAAAGUGUUUGGAUCAUCUUUCAUCCUCUUCAUUAAAAAUGCAUCUUUAUCCUGUUCUGCAAUAGAAGAUAAGCUUCAUUAAAACAUCAGAUAUCAUUUCAAGCUUCUUCUAUUCUUUGCAGACAAUUAAUUUUUAUCAACUCAUUGGUAUCAUAAAAGAUAUAUUUCUGUGAUUUUUCCAUGAUGGCUUCUAGAACCAAAAUUAUUAAGCUAGGGCACACACUGACUUAUUUAAAACGAUAGAAUAUUGUCAGAAGUCUCCCUAAAAUUACUGUCCUGAUUGUUUGAUGAAAAUAAUAUGAGAAAUAAAUGGAAUUUCAUUGAAAUUAUAUGCAGGGCCAAGCAUACUCCAGACCACUUUUAAACGAACUUUCAUUAUUUAUAUUUAUCCAGAGUUCUCAGCAUCUGAAAUUACCUCAUUCCUAACUCCGGAUAACUGUGGUAUAUCUUUUGGGGCUGAUUUUAAACUUUCACUUAAAUCAGGAUCUAAUUAUUAUGCAUUUAUAAAAUUCGUCCAGCUUCCCCUAAAAAUAUGGUAA